UCGCCUUGGGAGCCGCUCGAGUGGUACGAGUCGAGCUUUGGUCGGACGCAGGGCCGAAGAAAAUAAGGGAUCUGGCAGCCGAGUCGUCUGGCGCCGAGCGAGAAUGGCCCCGAAGGCGCCGAGCAGCUCCUCCGCGAGAAGCGGCGGUAACCAGCAGCCGAGAUACCACCACCAGCAGCAGCAUCACCAACAGCAACGCCUCAGUCAUCGACUCCUGCUGCUCGGGCUAGCGCUCAACUGCCUCAAUGGUCCGAGUGAGCACUCGUCGGUCGGAGCCGAAGUCGUCGGCCCGAAUGCUAAUACACUGGACAGGACGCUCAAGCCCCUGGACGUCGACCUGCCGCCCACGCUGCCCAUGAGCUUCGGCACCCACAACUCGACGGUCAUUCGAUCGCAGUCCGGCUCGACGGCACAUCUGCCCUGCGUCGUUCACAACAUCGGCGAGGGCGUGGUGACCUGGAUAAGAAGGAAAAAGGACCACCAGCUGUUAACCGUGGGCCUGACGACGUACGCGAGCGACGAGAGAUUUCAGACCCGGCACUUUCAGCACAGCGAGGACUGGACCUUGCAAAUCAAAUACGUCCAGAAUAGGGACGCGGGCGUCUACGAGUGCCAAGUCUCGACCCACCCGCCCACCAGUAUAUUCCUGAUCCUCGAAGUCGUCGAGGCACGAGCCGAGAUAGUGGGCAAGGACGAGCGCUACCUGCGCCCGGGCAGCACGCUUCAGCUGCACUGCGUCGUGAAGAACUCGACGGAGCAGCCGUCCUUCCUGUUCUGGUACCACAACAAGCGUAUGGUGAACUACGACAACGAGCGCGGGGUGAACGUGAGCACGGACCUCGUAGGCCGGGAAUCUUGGCUCGAGGUACCGCGCACCACGUCCCGGCACUCGGGCAACUACACCUGCGACUCGAGCAACGCGACGCCCGGCCGCGUUGUCAUCCACAUAUUCGACGGGGACAAUCCCGCGGCGAUGCAGCACAGCUUGGCGAGCUCGCCCUCCAUCGUCGUAUGCUCGGCCCUCAUGACCCUCAGCACUGCCCUCAAGCUCGCCCUCCAGCACACCUACGUCUACGCGGGUAGCUAAGCUACGGGGCUCCACGAGGAGGUCUGGGCUUGGGACUGAUGUUCCACGCCCCUUGCAGCCUCGCAGUGCCAUGGACACGCGCCCUGUGUGCGGGCGCAUGCGGAGUGAUGGUUUUUUUUUGUUUUUUUGUUUUUUUAGUGAAUCGUAGUGACAGAUGUGCGGGAUCGCGCUGGAUCAGAAAUUACGUACUUUGGUGGCGAGUGAUUUGA